GAUAAGCAGCAGUUCAUGUGAGUUGAGAGAGGCUGUGAAGCAUUUCAUCGGAGCUUCUCAGGAGAAGUGCUUAGCAAUGGUUCGACGUGUGGCAGUGAUUGGAGCGGGCAAUUCUGGUCUGGUUUGUAUCAAGACCUGUGUUGAUGAAGGCCUGGAGCCCGUCUGCUUUGAAAGCAGUGAUGACAUUGGCGGCCUGUGGAGAUAUAAGGAGUCGCUUGAGCCAGAGCGAUCCAGCAUCUAUCGCUCCUUGGUGGUCAACACCUCCAAAGAGAUGAUGUGUUACAGCGAUUUCCCCAUGCCCGCCGACUACCCAAACUACAUGCACAACUCCCAGCUGCUGCAGUACUUCCGGCUCUACGCCGACCACUUCGACCUGCUCCGGUACAUUCGUUUCCAGACCACAAUAAGGAGCGUUACACAGAGGCCCGAUUUCUCGGCGUCCGGUCAGUGGGACAUAGUGACCACAAACGGGGAGGGAGAGGAGGAGAGUCACGUGUUUGAUGCCGUCAUGGUGUGCUCGGGCCACUACACCAAACCGGUCUUACCCCUGUCAGACUUUCCAGGAAACGAGAAGUUUUCUGGCAGGUGUCUUCACAGCCUGGAAUAUAAAGACGCAGAUGCCUACAGAGGAAAGAGGGCGGUGGUGGUCGGUAUCGGCAAUUCUGGAGGAGAUAUUGCAGUGGAGAUCAGUCGAUCUGCAGAGAAGACAUUUCUCAGCACACGCCAGGGGUCCUGGGUGAUGGGCAGGAUGUCCGGUAAUGGCUGUCCGAUGGACAUGGCUUAUGUCACCAGACUCAACAACGUCCUCAUGCUGCUUCUUCCCAAGUCUCUGCUCAACUGGGCAGUAGAGCGAGGACUCAACAGCAGAUACGACCACCGACUGUACGGCCUGAAACCCAAACACAGAGUUAUGGACCAAAGGCCGUUGAUCAACGAUGACCUUCCUGUUCGGAUCUUUCAGGGAGCGCUCGUAAUGAAACCCAACGUGAAAGGAUUCACGGCCUCCGGGGUCGUGUUUGAAGACGGCACCGUGGAGGAGAACAUCGACACUGUGGUUUUCUGUACUGGUUACAAUGGGAACUUCCCGUUCCUGCCUCCAGCUCUAUCGGAGGGGCCUCACAAAGAGCUGACGUUGUACAAGUCAGUGUUUCCUCCUUCUCUCUCACAACCCACACUUGCCGUCAUGGGUGUUUUCCAGACUAGAGGACCGAUCAUGCCCAUAGUAGAAAUGCAGGCGCGCUGGGCUGUGAAAGUCUUCUCCGGUUUGAGCCGUCUGCCACCGAAGGAGAAAAUGCUGAAGGUCAUUGAGAGUGAGAGGAGGAGAAACAUGAAAAGCAUUCCCUGCCCACGAAAGGCGGCUCUCCUGGUAGAUUACAUCCCUUACCUGGAUUUCAUGGCGGAGGAGGUCGGGGUGCGACCCAACGUCCUGAGGUUACUGCUGAGCGAUCCUGUGCUCUGGGUCAGGGUCUUCCUUGGUCCCUGCACGCCUUAUCAGUAUCGUCUCACGGGGCCCGGAAAGUGGGCCGGAGCCCGUCAGGCCAUCCUCACUCAGUGGGAGCGGGUGGCUCGGCCCUUCAGAACCCGGGAGCUGCCGGAACCGGAGAGCCGACCCUCGGUGCUCUUUUCCCCCUGGCUGCUCGUAUCUGCAGGAGUGGUUACGAUCGCCGUCGUUCUGUCUAAAAACGAUCUGGUCCCAUUGCUGCAGGGUGCAGCUCGGGUUCUGGACCAGAGCAAGAGUUUCCUGAUGGACUUCACUGUGUGGUCACGAUAACGCAAUUAGAAAUCUGGGUCCAGUUUGUAACGUAGGAUCUAGAUGUUGCACAGGAAGUUGGGUUUAGGAAACCAAACCCCGUAGUUGGGUUUAGAAGAUGGUUGACGUUAACCUGACCAUUGAUAAUAUAAAUGCUUAAAUAUUGUCAUAAUGUUAUGCUUUUGUCAGGUUACUCAAGUUCAGAAUAACACAUAGCAGGUGAAAUUUGUGUCUGGGAAUGUCUGCUUCUCUAGAAUAGAUACGCGCCUCUUACCACCACACUCACGCAUGUUAUCCGUGUAGUCUCGUCAGACAGUGGACUGGCCUUGCACGGCUCAGUCCUGUAAGAAGCGAGGAGGAGAUGGAAUUAUCCCCCUCCUUGAUAGUUCAGCGCCAAUUAGAAGUUAGGAUGAUGCAUACGAAAUCUGUGUACGUAAGGGCCGAACUUCCGGUUCUAAGGGAGAGUUGUUGUGACUCCCCUGGAAUCUCAGGGCUUGUACUUUGCUUGUGAUCAGAGAAAUAAAUCUACCAGAACGAGAGAAGUUGUUGGCUGAAUUCUUCCAAAGGCUCUACCAGGCCAGACAAUUUUGACUCACGCUUACACAAGCGAGUGACAAAAUGUCCACGUUCACUUUUAAGUUUUGCACAGGACACGAAGAGCGGUCUCCGGCAUGAAAGUCGUGUGUUUGUUGCAGCCAUGUAGCACCCUUCCUUGCUCUCGCCCCCCUGGGUGGGUUUGGAGUUGGUUUAGAAAAGAUCUACAGUUAUAAUCCAAAAAGAGUUCAAUUUGGGAGUAUUUGAGAAGUCAUGUACUGUAAUAAAGUUUUUCUAAUUUGUGUUUGGCAUGCAGAGAAAUUGAAAUUGGUGUACAAAUGUGGUGUAUGUGAUAAUAUGGGGUAAUACAAUUGUAAAAUACAUGUUGCUGGUAUUGUUUGAAGUCCUGGACGGAGGCUCACUCAAGAAAUAAAAAGUCCAACAAAACAC